GAAAAUUUAUUUUCCUUCGUUCUGAUUUUCUUUCUCCUAAGGUUGUACUAAUUUGUCUUCCUCUCCUCUCUCUCUUUCGAAGCAUUUGCUUUUCCUUCUGUUCUGUUGGUACUUUCUUGGGGGUUCAAAUUUUCUCUGUGCAGCUGAGAAAGAGCAGGAAAAAAGAAAGAAGGAGAGAGAAAGGGAAAGAAAAAUAGAGAAAAGGAGGGAAAGAUUUUAAUUACAAUUAUUAUUGUUUUAUAAUUAUUAUUGAGUAUGGGUUGUUUUUGUUGCGCUGGGAAUUCAAGCCAAAGAUCAGAGAAGCCAACAAACAAGAACAGGAACGGGAGUGACUACAGCAGCAAGAGAAACACACACCAUGAUCAUACACAAGCCAGUUCGGACGCACUGAAAGUCAGUCCAUAUGAGAGUGUAAAGAAGGAAGAGGUAGCCAAGGAUGACCAGUUAUCGUUGGAUGUAAAGAAUUUGAAUUUGAAUGAUGAGGUUUCCAAGGAUGGAAAAGCUAGCCAACUGGCACAAUCAUUUACAUUUGCUGAGCUCGCAGCUGCAACAGGCAACUUUAGAUCGGAUUGUUUCUUGGGCGAAGGAGGUUUCGGAAAAGUUUACAAGGGAUUCUUGGAGAAAACAAACGAGGUUGUCGCUAUCAAGCAACUUGAUCGUAAUGGUGUUCAGGGCGUUAGGGAGUUUGUUGUUGAAGUACUGACAUUAAGCAUGGCUGAGCACCCAAAUCUAGUAAAAUUGAUAGGGUUUUGUGCUGAGGAUGAGCAGAGACUACUGGUUUAUGAGUACAUGCCAUUAGGGUCUUUGGAGAACCAUUUACAUGAUCUUCCACCUAGCAGAAAACCACUUGAUUGGAACAUGAGGAUGAAAAUAGCAGCUGGUGCUGCAAGGGGCUUAGAAUAUUUGCAUGAUAAAAUGAAGCCCCCUGUCAUAUACCGUGACUUGAAAUGCUCCAAUAUUUUGCUUGGUGAGGGAUACCAUCCGAAGCUAUCUGAUUUUGGGUUGGCCAAAGUGGGUCCCAUUGGGGAUAAGACUCAUGUCUCUACAAGGGUUAUGGGGACAUAUGGAUAUUGUGCGCCAGAUUAUGCAAUGACUGGACAGCUGACCUUUAAAUCAGAUAUUUACAGCUUUGGGGUUGUCCUUUUGGAACUAAUUACUGGUAGGAAAGCAAUCGACAAUACAAGAGAUCAUGGGGAGCAAAAUCUUGUUGCAUGGGCACGGCCCAUGUUCAGAGAUCGAAGGAAUUUUUCACGAAUGGUUGACCCUCUGCUGCAAGGUCAAUACCCUGUGAGAGGUCUGUACCAAGCGCUUGCCAUUGCUGCAAUGUGUGUUCAGGAGCAACCUAAUAUGCGGCCAGCCAUAUCCGAUGUGGUUAUGGCUCUGAAUUACCUAGCCUCCCAGCAAUAUGACCCAAGCAAUCCUGUUCAGAGCUCUCGCAGGAGCACUGCUACAUUGGCUGUGACUAGGGAUGACGAUAGAGGACCAGUUGCAGAUCAUGAGCCUAAGACUUACUGAGCUGGAGGACAAAAUUAGAAAUAAAAGAAAGUGGCAAAUAUUGUUCAGCGGUGUUAAUUCACAGUGCCUGGUUAUCAAUUUUUGCAUCACAGAAGAUAACUGGCACACUUUCCAUCUUUAAAUCUUCACAUACAGAGAUUUCCUUUCUUCCUUUCCCCCCACUUCUGCUGCUGUACAUGUGAGUUGGGGUCCUUGUAUGUAGGAUGCUUCUUUGUAGGAACCAUUUUCACCUAAUAAUAAAUUAACCUUACUAUUCACAGUGA